GGGUUGGACAGGGCUCUGAACAACCUGGUCUAGUGGAAGGAGUCCCAGGUGCUUGAAACUAGAUGACCUUUAACGAGCUCAUUCAAUUCAAACCUUUCUGUCAUUCUAUGGUUCAUGGUGCCAUCCUAUGGUGUCAGAUAGUUCUUGUUAAACAUGUGAGCCCACUUGGCAACACUGGUGCUUCCCAGCCAUUUCACCUGCAGGCCUCUCUGCUUCUGAGAUACCUGAGGUGGCUCAACAACCAGGACCACCAGCAGGAAUUUCCAGGGUGCCAGCAACCUCCUCCAGGACAUGCCCAUCUUCUGUUUUGUGAGAUCCACAUUCAGGUCAUAACUCUCGUGCUCCUUCUCACACUCACUAGGUGAGGCCAGAGCUCUCUCCAGAGUAAUGUGAUCCCAUAUUUUUCCUGAAUGCCAGGCAGGUGAGCCGUGUUACUUUUCCAUUGUUCUGAUGCUUGCAACAGCUCUCUGGUGUCCUUCACAGACUACCCCAGUUCCCUCUGCAAAGCCACCCUUUCAUCUUCACUCCUGAAGUGUCUCAAAUCACCAGGCACUGAGGCAGUGCGGGGGUAGUGGGUUGGGAGUCCAGCUACAGUAGUUUGGUGUGAGUGCUCCACACUGCAUUUCUGACCCUCUUCUUCUUGCUGGACCCCUGAAAAGUGUCAGGGCCCAUGGACAGCAAGAACUUGGUUUCUCCAGAAGCGUUUUGCCAGCUCCUCACCCCUCUCUCCUGCAAUCAGCUCAUCCUGAAGAGGUUGAGCAGGCCAUCAUUCUCCCAAAGCUUCAUUGUGGCCCUCUUCCUUUCCUCCUCAUCCUCUCCCAACCCACUGCCCCCAUCCCCUUGUGAGCAAGGUAUGUGUGCAGUCCUUGGGAUGGGGGCAUCCAGCCCCUCCCUCCCCUGGCUUGCAGCUGGUCAUGGGCAGAGGAUGCUUGGAGGUCAUUAUUUUGCAGCUUUCACAAUAUUGUUCUCACUUUGUCUAUGGAAAAUUGCCUCCUCUGCCCUUCUUGUCAGGGGCUGAGGGCGACUCCAUAACACUGCGGUAAGUGGUAUUAACUAACCUUUGCUAGUGACCUGUCUCUCUUGUUUCAUUUUGAGCCAAGGGCAACAGGUUCAUUUGUCUUUGUCCUUAUUGGUUCUUCUACUCAACUUGCUGGAAAACAAGCCCCAAAAAUCCCCAGCCUUGAUAUUUACCAAGAGUCACGGAAACUGCUUUGAUUACCAUGGGUGCCAGACUCUGCUGAGCAGUACUGGCACCAUCAUGGCCCAUGGCUGGGCACAGGACUGGAGCCAGGGAAAACUAUGCUGCCAGGAUGCUCACAGAGAAAUGAGAAAAACCAGCUGCUGCUUCUCUGAGCCUGGAAGCAUCACCUGGCUCCCAGUGGCUUUGCACACUUUUUGCUUAUUUGUGAUCACUGGUUGCUGGCAAGUGAAGCAUGGGGGCAGGAGGGUGGGAGGUGGGCACAAGCCGAGGGAAUGGAUCCAUGUGCAUCCCAUGCUCGCAUGGAGGCAUCCUGCUCCUGCUGGGCUUGGGAAACUGCUCUGUGGGCAGAGCAGGGUAGGUCACUUGUCCCUGGUUAGGGGCAUGAGUCUCCCCCAUACCAUGUGGCUGGUGGGGUGACCAGGAUAAUUUCCCAGGGGGGGUGAUAGAGGCAGGCAGGACAGCUGCUGUCAGAGGUGUAGUCAGCUCCAUGGGCAGGGAGCUUGCUGUCAGCACCUCUGCCACCAACACUUUCCAUAUGAGGAAAAGAUCCUUCCCUACAGCUAGGAGGUCUUGCUGGUCAGGGCCACCAGGAAGGGCUGGCACCCAUGACAUCAUGUCUGGAGUUUGCCUUUUCUCUGCAUCUGAAUCCCCAGGAGCAGAAGCCUGGGAGCACCUGUCAGCUUGGGCAGACUCCUCCACUGCAACUGAGCUGUAAUUCCAGGCACAGCCAGUGCCUGUGAUGCUUCCCCAAGCCUCAGUGCCUGUGACAGCCUCAGUGGCUCUGCCCGCACAGGGCUGGGUCUCCUGCCCAGCACAGGCACAUUUCAGCUCCUCACCACACACAUGAGGAGAAGGUGGUGAAGGAGAUGGAGCUGAGGCUGGCAGGGAGACACCAAGCAGCUCACAAAGGCCAGAACCAGGCUUUGCAGCCCAUGCAUCACCUGGGGCUGAGUUUGGGCUGAAGAUGCAGUGUGUGAUUGUGGGGUGAGAGAGCUUAACGACCCUGAGCCUUUAUCUGUCAGGGUGAGCAAGAAGUUACUCCCAAUUAGCUAAAGUGAUGGGCUAAUUUGGUGGUGAAGGCAGGAGGUGGAUCACUGUGGGUAAGACUGACAGCUCUGCAUCGCUGUCUAGUUCAAGGGACUCUGCUAGACAAAAAGGCCCUGUGUUAGCAAGGUGAUGCACUUUUCCAGCCCUGGCUCCUAGGAGAUACCAUCAUGAAGCUACUUCCAGAAGCCCACAUGGGUUUCAGCAAAAGCAGAGUUUGGGUCUGUUUGACAAUGAGGUUUCACUGCAGCCUGUCACGUCUCAGAUGAGGCUUCAGGAACAGGAUCGUUUGCCAGUAACCACCACCUUGUGCUGAUGUUAUCUAGUUUCUGCAGAAUGAACUUGCUGAGUUGUCAUCUGUGACACCGUCAGGGGAAGUCCUGACUCCUGACACUGCAGUUCCUGCCUCUGCUUUGCCAUGGCCCCAAUUCCAGCAGCAUCAUCUGGGCUGGUUGGAUUUGCUGGACACCUGCUUGUGCUGAAAUGUCAUGAGGUUGUCAGAAAGACCUGGGCAGCAAGGCUGUGCUGUAGGUCUGCAGGCUCCCAAAUCCAGUGGAGCCACUAGCAGGCUAACAUGUAGUUUCUGGUUGAGGAUAAAAUGGCUACUGACAGCUCAUCUCAGGGUGAUGCUGAACACUUGGUGACUAGACAAGCAGCAAGAGGGGGUUUGCACUAGAGCUAACGUGUGGGUAUUGGCAGGUGCCUCUCAGUACGUGGGCUACUGACUUCUGUGACAGAGGCAAACUCUGUGGGUGCCAGGCAGAGGCACUGCUUCAUUAUGCAGGUGUUUGCCAAGUGAGGCAUCCCUUUUCUUCUGUGCAGACUUUCCCUGGAGGCAGUGACCUGAUUCACUCUCUAGCUCCAGCCAGCAGAUAAUGGAUGAGUGGCUAAGGUAGUCAUGUGCUGGUGCAUGCUGGCACUGCUCUAUGGCUGGGCAGCAUGAUGGCACCCCAUGCAGCCAGUGUAACAGGCUGGCAAAGCUAAACUCACUGGUCCAAACUAACUACCUCAGCUGCAGGUGCAAGGCGUUCUCUGUGUCUGUAAAGUGGAUGCAGGCACUGUUCCGCUGUCUGUUAAAUACCUGCAGGUCGCUGGAUUACGUGCACAAGUUUAGGAGCAAAGCAAGCUGCCAGUGUACCCUGUGUGACAUGGAGCCUCAUUCAGGCAGGGCUUUGGAGCAGCACAUUUCCUCACCUGAUAGCAACCGUCUGCUGUGGCUGCAGGGUCCUGCGCUGCUCGGCAGCUGAGUUCGCAUGCUGGGGUAGCAGCACCUCAGCAUUUCUCCCAGCCAUGCUCUGGAGUGUCCCUAAGUGCCAGCUGGCACCUGGGAAGUUUAGAUGAGAGUGCCAAAGGGUUCAAGGCUGUGCUCCAAAUUCAAGAUAGAGCUAGUUGGUGGGUCCCUCUCACUGUGCAGCAGUGGGGAAAGGCUACAUGAGGAAUGGGAUGAAGAAGAGCACAUCUAUCCUUUAUAACUAUAAUGCCAUAGUAGGUGGGAGGAAGCUUCCCUGGGCUGCUGUGUUUGCUUCUGUCUUCCCUGCUGUGAAAUCAGGAGACAUCCAAAGAUGGGUGCUGACCUAAAUUAGGACUGCAGGAAAAUUUCCCUAUGUAGGGACUAAAAGUCCCACCAGUUUAGAGUGGAAACCAGUGAAAUGCCACAUGAUAGAGAUGUGCAGAGCAAUCCCUGGCUUAGAGAUAAGUCUGUUCCUCUGCUCACCCCCUCACAAGAUGUUCAAAGAAAUGGAAAGACAACUCAUUUCACACUGGUAAACUGACACACUUCUCACAGAGCCAGAAAACUGGUUUGUGCAGGUGGACAAGAUGCCCUGCUGGCCAACAGCUUCAGAGGGCUCACAAAGAAUCAGAUAUUGAUAUGAAAAACAGGGAUACCCAAAACUGAAGUUAAAAAGUUUGGCUUAAAUAAGAUGAAAGAUGGGAUGAUUCUUGGACAUCUACUUUGGGGUUUGGGUAAAGAAUGGUGGCAAGGAGUUUCUUUUUUACCGUCCCUUCUUUGAAACCAAUUUUGGCACUAUUAGUGACACCAGGAGGACCAAGUCUUCAAGUCAGGGCCUUGCACCAUCACUACUGGCAUGUCUUAGGGUGUAGCACUUCUCCCUCAUCCCACCUCCAAAGCACCAUCAGGGAUGAGGUGCCAUGGGAGGCUGCAGGUCACCUGUGUCCGGGCACUGGUGUUGGCAGCCAUGGACAAAGCUGUAGGAAAAGCAGCCAUGUCCCAGGAGGCUGAUUACAGAUCGCCUCUCUCUUGCCAGGGUACCAAAAUGCAAGGGUGGAAAGUACAGGAUUGAUGAUCAUCUGAAACUGCUCCCUUUCCCUCCCUCCAUCUGCUGCUCCCAGCCCCUGGGGAAACCUGUGGGACUUCACAAGCCCUCUGAAAUAGCCAGCACUAAGCAAGGCCUCCCUUGGUGUUUGGACGUUGGACCAUGGGCCUCCUUCCUUGUGUUUUUCUCAAAAAGGCAUUGAAGAGCCCUGGCUGGGGGAUGGACCAGGUGUGGGUCACGGGCUCAGCCCUGCUGCUGCCUCCCCCAGCAGCCUGCUCUGGGACUCUGCGUUGUCUCCCAGAGAGCUGGCAGCAGGCAAGAGCUGUGUGUGCCAGGGUGCACUGUCCAGGCUGAUGGGGCUUAUACCCAUUUGUGUGCUUUGAUAACUCUGCCAGUAUGGCUCUGCCAUUCAGUGCUACUUGCACAGGCAGUGCAUGUACCUUCUGCACAGCUCCCCAGUCCUCUCCUUCACAGCCACUCUGCCCCAUGCUGCCCGUCCUCCCCCACGCUGCCUCCAACGUGCUGGGCUCUGGCACUGCUUAUACAAGCACCACACACACCUGGGCACAAGCUCACUGCAUGUGAGCCCGUCAGCGCAGCUGCUUGUGCUGAACACCUCCUCCAACCAUGCUGCACGAGCUGAAGGUUUGGGAAGCUCUUGUUCCCACCAAGUUGGGUGGAGAGAAGGGAAAACCAGUGCACACAGCCCCGUAAUCCAAAAGUGAAGCAGAUCCCAUUGGGGUGGAAGUACAGUACUAGCAUGAGUGUUGUUCACAGCCAUCUCCUGCUGAGGUGGGUGUCUCAGAGUCUAUCUGCCAGAACAUGCCCUAAAUAAGCUGUACUCAGUCCUUGGGAGUCUUGAACGUGUUUUGUGGCGAUGGGUGGUAUUGAAGAACAUUUUCCUCAGAAUGGAGUCAUGAAGCAGCAACGUAAUACACUCAAGAGUCACGUAUUAAUUUAAGAGACAAGUGAUGCAUUCACCAUCCACCCCCAUGCCAUGGAUCAUGGUUUCAACCAAUGCCCAGUGAACAUCAGAUCCUCCAUCAGGCAUUGUUCAUCCCCUGGGAGCACAACUUUUGCUGCUUGGUCGUUGCAGUUGGAUUCACUGCAGCAGUAGCAGAGGCCCAAGGCUGAGUCCUGCUGCCACCAUGGUCAGGCUGAACAGGCGCAUGUGCCUCUCCUGCUCUUGUGUGGCCUGGAAAUGCACACACUGGAAAGCACGAAGGAAGCUGGGGCCAUGGCCCCUUGCCAUCACCAGUAAGUCUACCCCGAGUGGAUCAGCCCUUCUGGUUAAACGGGUCACUGCCCUUCCUCUUUGGGCCUUCCCCGUCAUCACCGAACGAGACUACCUCCGAGAUGAGUCAAACCGUCAGACAACAUCUGCACCCUCCGCACACCCUGUCCAUGCGCUUGGAUAGUUCAACUGGUGGGCUCAGCCCAGGCAGCGGAAGCAAAGACACCCUGCUUGACUGGGGGGCGUCUGAUAGCUGAACCUUUUCAGUGUCCCAAGCGUGGCUGGGUGAUCUGGUCCAUUUUUGACCGAUCCCAGGAGGUAGACAAAGCCUGUGAAGAUAGCAGUGAGAGAAAGUUUGGCCUUGAAUGGAUGUACUCUACCAGGGUUUGGGAUCUGCUGACCUGGAGACUCUUGUGAGUGUACAUCUGAGUACUUGCUCAUGAGGUGCUAAGUCCUUGCCAGGAACAGAUUAGAGGUUGAUCAACUAAAGACACAACCAGUUCAUCUGUACAGGACAGGGGAAGGAGAAUGUGGUUAAUCCCUUCAAAAUACUCUCAUAAUCUGUGAACUCUCAUAAUCUGUGUCUUGAGACUGAAACUCCUGUAUGUGCAGGACAUCUGACCCUGCCAACCUCCUGUCAACCCUUCAGCUGGGAGCUCUAGCCAGGCUUGCUCUUCUUCUCCAGUGGAGUCAGAUGGACCCCAUCUACCUGGAGCUCGGUGUCCGUAUCUGGAAAGCUAGCACAUGUGGCGUUUUCUUUCUACAGUUUUCUUCUUUUAAAAUAUGGACACAAAAAAUGCAUUACUAAUGACAUUCAAAAAAAACCCACAGGAAAGUGGCAAAGCCAAGUACCAAAGACCUAGAAAUUGCCAGAAAUGGGUUUGCCUGGGCAGCCUAGCUUAGCUGUCUUGUGCAUAUGAUAAUUUCCUGCAGUUUGCCCUGGAUUGCCACCUCUUCAGCACCCAGGCUGGACCUUGGCUGGAGGGAGCAAUAAGUUGGACAGCUAGGCUGCCUCCUUUCUUAGCAGGGCUGGGAAGCUCCUAUCAAGUUGGUGAAGCAAGAGACUGCAGAAAGAAAGGACGUUCUCCUGGGUAGACCGCUGAUGCCUCCCUGGAGAGCUGGGUCUGUGUCUACCCCUGCCUCGAAGUUACUCUGUGAGUCGGUGAGCCACAUAAGCAAGAGCUUUCAAAGGAGCAGCUGCAUCUUCCUCAUUUCCCAGAGCUGCUUUACAGAAGUGCUAAAGGUAUAACUCCAUCCCCUCAUCCCCCACUUCGGACCUGAAAAGGUGGCUGAGAAAACAGCUUCAUAAAUAACCCUGAAACACUCAUUCAGUGCUGAAGUGAUGAACAUUAGAAAGAGUCUGUGAAGAAAUGGAAAAGCAGGAUGUUGGAGCAGGCUGGCUGCAGGACAAGAUGAAGUUUCCGGCCACGUGACUUUCAGCUUACAUCCCCAAGGUUCUGAGAAACCACAAGGAGGCUGAGACCUAAAGGGAAGGUGCAGAGGCUCUGAGAGGAGAGGCAGCGAAAGUGUCGGAGUGCUGCGCAGAAGGACAGAGUGCUUCCGAGACGAGUGAGAGCAGGGAACCAAGGGCCAUAUCAGAGGUGACAGAGGAGGACAGAGGAGAGGCAGAGAAGCAAGACAGAAGGCAAGCACAUCAAGAGCACAACGUAAGCUGAAGAGACCCUGGGAGCCAGAAACAGCAGCCAUGCCCCACAGCUCUGACAGCAGUGAUUCCAGCAGCUUCAGCCAGUCUCCCCCUCCCAGCAAGCAGGACUCUUCUGAUGACAUGAGGAAAGUCCAAAGGAGGGAGAAGAAUCGAAUUGCUGCCCAGAAGAGCCGCCUGAGGCAGACCCAGAAAGCAGACACACUGCACUUGGAGAGUGAAGACUUGGAGAGACAGAAUGCUGCCCUGCGCCGGGAGAUCAAGCAGCUGACAGAGGAAAUGAAGCACUUCACCUCAAUGCUGAGCUCCCAUGAACCGCUCUGCUCCAUCCUGGCAUCCCCUCCACCGCCUCCAGAAGUGCUUUAUGCCACACACUCUUUUCACCAGCCCCACAUUAGCUCCCCACGCUUCCAACACUGAGCCAGCCAGCAGGACAGCAGCAUGCCAGCUCCACUGAUGGCAAGAAGUAACUUCGUGGGGCUUGCUUUUCCAUCCAAGGGAAGGAAUUGGACGGACAGACAUUCCUUCUUGAUAUGUACUCUGAGUGAUUUGCCUAAGACUUGCUCCCUGUGCAGAAAUGGCAGAGCCACCAUGAGGCAUCUUUGGACCGUUUCCAGCUUGGAUUCUGGGAAGAAGAGGCAGUCACAAAAGGGCACCAACCCCCUUUUCUGGUCGUUGUUUGGGGAGACUCACAGGAGUGUGCAGUGCCGGCAGCCUCCAUAAGAGCAGCUGGCUGUGGCAUGCAACAACCAGAGCUCCAGAAGAGGAAAGGGAGCAGGGGUGGAGGGAAAGGUUGGGGGCCACAGAGUGUCAGGGCAAAACUGGUUUAUUUUUGUAAAAUAAAGAUUGAAAAUGCUUAACUCUUUGUUUCCAAUAUAGGAUUUGAGUUACUCCUAAGGCCUGGCAUGAUACACUGAAGACACAGGCAGCAAGAGGGGAGAACUCGGAGCCCAGGAAACAGCCCUGCAUGCACAGGAGUCUAAUCCAGAGCCAGUAAUCAGAGCCCCACAUUUAGAAGGGGGCGCCUAUGCACGUAGGCUGGACAGGCUGAGGAAGAAUGGUUUGUGGGGUGAUGGGGUCCCUGGGGAGGAAGGGUCCCUCCUUGCUGCAGGACUGGACCUGGCUAAUGAGUGUGACAUGCCAUGUAGUAUCACAGGUCUCUUCCCUGCUGACCCUCUUGGCUCCCUGCUACUGGUGGCUAUGCCUCCACAUGCUCCCCUUGCUCCCCUUGCAUGUGUGGAGGUGCACUGCCAUGUUGUGCCAGCUCACAGGCAGGUCUUGGUGGGCUGAUGGAGCCUUCAGCUUGGCCAGCAGCACAGCUGGGAAGGAGCAUCAUGGUAUGGAGGGAGCUGGUGAUGUUGUCCUCGAGUGCACAGGAGAAGCAGGACCUAGCAGGACUCUUGCUCCAAGCUACCCUGCUAAGGCACGUAGCUGCAGUCUACAUUCUUUCCCCUUGCCCAUCAGUCACAGCUCCGCAAAAGGCUGCUGCACUGCCUCAUGCAUUGAAAUAGAUGAAACCUGAAAGGUCAGAGAGGAGUAGAUUAGUACUUUUGAGUUUGACUUAUUGGAAACACAAGCUGGUCCAUACAGGCAGUCUCUGCACCUUACCACACACCAGCCAGCAGCCCACUUACCAGCCCCACUCUAUACACAAGGCUGAAGCCCACCUGCCAGGGGUUCUGUUGCUAGCAGUGGCUCAGUACUGCUGUCAUCUUCAAGGAGCAUCAGCUGCAAUCUUUUCAGCAUAGAGUACCACAAGCAGUGCUGCUGAUGUAGGCUUUUAAAUGAGGGAAAUAGACCAGAUUUGUAGAUAUCCUUCUCUCAGGCACGGACAAGCAGCCUAUUUCCAGAUGGGUUUUGGCCCAUCAUCAUAGCCCUCAUGAGCAGUUGGGUAAAGUCUGUAAUGUGCCAUGCUGUGCACAUUUUCUCUCUCUGGUUUGCACUAGCAAGAUGAUAACCAAAUACUGCCAUGCCUCAGCAAGCUGUCCUCAGGCUAGGUGCAGGUAGCACUGUGAUUUCUCCUGCCAUGGUCUGUUCAGAGGUUUGUGAGCCUCCUGCCUCCCGUUUCUGUGCCAGCACAGGAAGCACCCUGGUCAGAGAUGCCUGGUGUCAGCACAUUGGCCUGGGUGUCACCACCCUACAAAAGCAGUGUAAUACCAUUACAAAAGUAAUGGGUGAUUGCACUGCCCCUCCCUGUCUGUGUGGCUCUGGGAUGAGGGAUGAGCACAUUUAGGGAAGGACAGUGGUUAUUCCAGCCAGGGAGCUGGGUUUCUGCAUAUAUGACAUGCAGGAUAUAUCUACAGGAACAAUUUCAGUGGGUCUUACACCACCCCUCUCUGCAAAAUCUCACACCAAUAGGCUUCACUCUAACCAUUGGUUCAACAAACAGAGCUGCUGAUUCCUUGCACAGGAACUCAAACAUGCUUUGAGCCAGUCAGGCUACACAGGCUCUUCCCAAGGUGCUUUUCUCUGGAAUUUGUCCUUUAAAGCCUGAGAGAGACAACUGACUCCAGCUCUGAAUGAGCUUGUCUUUACAGGCUCUGCUUCUGCUCCUUGAGCUUCUGGUGGAUUUUCUCCCAGAUUUUUCACUUUCACUUCUGCUAGUCUUUAGCAUUUCUGCUAGUCCUUAGCAUUCUGAUGUUCCCAAGCUUCCUGGUUUACAGUCAGAGAAAAAAGCUACUGCUACCUUGCUAGGGAUUUGCUGUGGAGGGCACUGCAGGCUCAUGCUCUUCGCUGGAGGAUGCAACAGAGUCCCACCAAAGCUUGCAGUGUUGCCUAUAGUGAGAGAUCUCCUUCCUUGCUGUGACCUUUCUAUUUUCUCAUGGCUAUAAAAUGCUAAGCUUGGUUUUAGCUGCAGAUGGAGAAGGUCCUACCCUGAUGUAUAUGUCAGCUAUGCCCACACAGAUAUGAAGCCAAUAUCUUUUCUGCAAAGCUGUCAAAGUCUAGAUCCUUCAGACUGGGUGGGGUUCUGUGUAAUGCCCACAGAACUGCAGAACUCACUGGUAACAUCUCAGACUUAGUACUGCAACUCAGAACGAAAAUAAGCAGCAAGUGGUGAGACUGGGAGACGGGUUUGCAACAACAUCCUCUCCAAAACCUAAACAAUAUUCUUGGCAUAAUCAGUUAAUGUGUCCUCCUUUUGCAUGGCUGUCUGUGAGCUAGAAGGCCUCCUACUGGCGUUGCACUCAGCUGUUCAGGCCAAACCCAGCCAUUCUGGCGUUUGCUGCUCCUAGGAGACACAUCUUCCAAUCUGACUUGUCUUUGCCCUGGUCUUGCCCGCAGAAACCUGAUCACAGAACAUGCUCUGCAUUAUUUAAGCCGGUUUUGACCUCUGCUUCCUUCUGGUAAUUGUGAGGUGUCUGGGAGGCAGUCUCUCUAUGUUAUAAAGAAUGGUUCUCCUGGGAGAAUGUCCUUAUCACCCAAGCAGCAAGGGACAACAUAUCCUUUCAACCCUUUCAAACAGAGGCUGGAAAAAAGACCUUUUCCUGAGGCUAUUUGCAGAGCUGCACGAACUGCUUGCUUAGGCUGUGUGAGAAAAUUCCUUCACUUCUAUACUGGUGCUGUCUUUUGCUUCUCUUUCCCGGGCUCUGGGCCUCUCCUGAAGACUCCUCACAUGCUGCUUUUGAUUUCUAAGUAGCCAAGUGCCUGUCCUCUGGUGUGGCCCUCACCGUUGUCCACAAAUGAACUGCAAAUGAACCUAAACGAGUAGCAAGGUGCAGGGCGGUGGCCAAGGCAAUAAUCGCAAAUUGCUUUCGAUUGUCUGCUCUUACCAGCAAUGCAAUUCCUGUGAUUUUCAUUUCCAUGGCAUCUGGCAUUUCUCAAGUGUAUGUUAUCUGGCCAUGCCCAGCCUUCAGGAGCACUAUGGUGCUGGCUGCUCCAAGGGAAGGGGAUGCUUCUGGGCACACAACUGGAUAAACCGGGUGAUGGCUGGGCCUGUGGAAGCCUGUCCCUGCCCCAGUAGGAUGGCAGCGCCUUUCUGUUGCGCUACAUAGUUCCUCACUGAAAACCUCUCUCAAAGCAGUACAUAAUCUAGUGCUCACAGGAGGCUGAGAGACUCUUUUCCAGCCGGGGAAGGCCAGACAGGAGGGAGGCAGGUCUGCUCUGCAAGCACAGCCUGCCGAACACUGCGUGUGUGCUGGCCUCUGCUGGGCGAAGGCUGAGCGCUCCCAGCCAGCACCUGCACUCCUUUUGGCAAAGGGCAGACUAAGCAGCUCUGUUGCCCGUUUCGCUGUGGCUCCAAAGCAUUUACGCACUUGUUUUGCAAAUCCCAUCUCAGAAUUCACUUCCAUUAGAGCUGCCAGCCUGCAUCGGCAAGAGGAUAACCUCCUGCAUGCUGAACCAAAGCAGCAGCCCACAAAAGAGACCCUCUUUCUGCUUCUUGCAAUGAUCAUAGUGUACAAAGCAGCACUUGUCAUACAGAAAUGCUGCCUGGAUGCCAAUACUUCAGCACACAGAGAUCAAAGAAGAUCAGGAAUCACUGCUAAGAGGCAAAGUAUUUUUAUAAACCACAAGCUAUCAAGAAGAGAAAAACCAAAGCAUGGCAUGAAAUGGUGAGACUUUCUCCUAGUGAACAGCCCUGUGCUCACUUUGUGUUCUGCUGUGUUUUUGCCACCUUAUAGAUUGGUGAUCUGGAGGAGAUUUGAGCAGUGAGGCAGCAUUGUAUGUAUCCAUAAAGGCUUUCUGGGUUACUGAAAAACCCUACCCAACUAAAUGUUAGGGAGCAUAUAUUCAUCACUUGCCAGGGCAGGGUUACAAUCAGUGUGUUAGGGUUAGAACAUGAGACUAUAAUUUUUUUUUUCUGUUCAGGUUGCACACACCAGCUCCUGUGAGUUCUACUGCUUCAGAGACAUCCACGCAGAGACAACACACCUUCCUCCCAACUCUUGUCCCAGUUCUGUCCUUUUCUCUAAGACACAGUCAACUUUUCUCCCUGCACAACAGUGGUGGUUUGGUGCUGUGGUACUAAGAACUUUUCCCAGGUUCGUUUUUUUGCUGUAGUGUGAGUGGGAGAAAGAAGAGGGACAUGCCUGAGUUCAGCAGUGAGGCUAUGCACAUUUCCAGCACUCUUUUAUUAUUAAUGUCAGCUGCAAACAGUAGAAGAUUCAAAUCUUUUUCUUGUGUCAUUGCCAUGAACUCGUAUGACUCAUUGAGAUGGAGGCUGGAGGAUGCUGAUUAAGAAGGGCUUGUAUACUUCAAGCUUUGGUAUUUGGAGUUAAUCUGUGACCCUGAUCUGGACUGGGCAUGUAAAUCUAGAUUAUGGCUGAGUUUUGAGGCUAACUGGCACUUUUUUCACUUCUUUUAUUCUGAGCUGAACAAAGAGAUCUUCGUGUCUCAUGUGUGUGCCUGGUGCACAGCAGAGGAGUGACGUGGGUUUGCUCCAAUAACAGAGCUUAUGCACAGCUUUCCUCACAGCCAUCUAUAUCUCCACAGCUUUUCACAAGCAACGGUUGAGAGGUGGGCUUAGAUACUCAAGCAGCACAGCAGGCUAACCACAGUUACACAGUUUUUGGAUUAGAGCAGGUUCCCAUCUGGCCUGAUCAGAGAAUAGGGCAGAGCAAGUUGGUAUCUGUUUGCAGAAGGCCAUGCAGAGGUAGCAUAAGCACCCUGUGUCUGGAGGGGUGUGCACUAACCAGAAACUGGCACCUUCGAGGUACCUUGCGUUCAAGUGCUCUUCCAUCCUGUGCACUCCUUUUACAUCUUUUUCUUGCUGCAAGGAGGCAGCUGUGAAUAUUAGCACUUCAGCUGUGCCCUCCCACCUACUCUUUGCAGUUCAAACUUACCGGAUUCAUCCACACAAACAUCACAUCUGAACUGGACAGGGUUAAAUUAAAGCCAUUACUCUAUUAAAGCCAGGCUUUGAACAGGGUGAUUGGAUUUGCAAAGAAGUGCUAAUUUCAAGCUGCUCUUGGGCAAGCCCUUGCAGCCCAGGCUGGAAGGUGUCAGACUGGAAAAAAAAUUCUGCCCCUGGCAGGGCCACACAAAUCACCAUAACUCUUUGUGCCCC